UAAAUUGUGUAUAUUCACAUUUUAUUUCAUAUUUAUUUUGUAAACAAUAACAAAAUGACAAGAUAUUCACUUCUUGGAAUUAUUCAAUUAUUCACAUCUUAUCAGAUCUUCUGUUUACUUUUCAUAUGUGCACAUGGAUUCAGUCGUUGUACUACAACUGUAAACAGUGAUGGCUUACCAAUACUGACAUGCGAUCAUGACAGAUCGAAAGCACAAUCACAUUUUGAUCUUUACGAUGAUGAACCUAAUGAAUUAAUUCCUGAAUCAGAUUAUCUAAAUGAUCCACUUCAAUCUCAACAGCUAGCUGAAUACAUAAUCCCUAGUAAGAGAGCUUUUGUACGUCUGGGGAAGAGAGGAUUUGUUCGGAUCGGAAAGCGCGGAUUUGUAAGGAUCGGACGUUAACCAAAAAAAGAUCUGUUGAACUUUUUUCUAACUACUGAAUUUUGGUGUCAGGACUAAAAUAAUUGUAACCUUUAUGCUACUGAAUAGAAUUCAGUAGUCAGUUUCAAUAAAAACAUUUAAAAAUAUUCUGAUUAUACUGUAAAAUAAUCUUAUCCUCUAAGAGUUGUUUGAGGUGAAAUAAGUCAAAUUGUUAAUAAA